GUUUCCAAGUGAAUGGCUGUCCUUUUUACACAACACACUGCCUACAAACCACAUCUACUCUUUUUUUUUAUAACUCUCUCUCUCUCUCUCUCUCUCUCCUACAGACAAUGGCAACCCUGCAUUCUCUCGCAUUGGCCUCCCCAGUCUCCCACCAUUUGCAGCAACCACGGUCUUCCUUAGGCAUAGUAUCAUGGUUUGUUCAUCGAAGUGCACUGUCCUCAUUUAGUGGUCAAUCUCUUCGAAUGCCUCGUCUAAGGCUAGUUCCGGUAAGAAGAAACUGCCAUCGGCCUGUUACAAUGAUGGCGAAACCAAAAAUCCAGUUCAUCCAAGGAACCGAUGAACAGACAAUACCAGAUGUAAGGCUAACCAAGUCAAGAGAUGGCACAAAUGGUAUGGCUAUCUUCAGGUUUGAACAACCCUCAGUUUUUGAUUCAUCCGGUGAAGUUGGUGAUAUUACUGGUUUUUACAUGAUUGAUGAGGAAGGUGUUCUUCAGUCAGUUGAUGUGAAUGCCAAAUUUGUGAAUGGAAAGCCUGCUGGGAUUGAAGCUAAGUAUAUAAUGCGGACUCCUCGAGAGUGGGACAGAUUCAUGAGAUUCAUGGAGAGAUACUCUAACGAGAAUGGCCUGCAAUUCAUCAAGAAAUGAGGCCACUUAUCUCUUGUCUUGCUCGGCUUUCACCUAUCAUGAUGUUGGGUUUUUGUAAUUUUAUCUAGUGAAACUUGAGAAGACUUGGUUCGUGUGAUGCAAAAUACUUGCUUACAUGCUCCUUCUCAUUUAACGAAUGGCACUGUUUCUUCUGCAAUGUUCAGUUAAAAAAGUUUUUGGUUUCUUUUGGAGAAAGCUGCUUUUCAAAUUAA